AUGGUUCAGCGCAUUGCUCGGGAAGCCGGCCUCCAGGCCUUCAUUGACGCCGUCGAGAAGGAUGGAUGCGUUAUCAUCAAAGAUUUCACAGACUUCGAAUCUCUCGAGCAGGCAGGAAGAGAAGUUCAACCAUAUCUUGAUGCAUCCAUAGCAGAUGCUGGAAGCACUGUGGGUGCGCUGAACGGAGGAACGGCCACUUGCACUCGGCUCGUAGGGCGAAGCAAGACGGUUCGGGAGAAGUACUUCUCCGACUCGUUAUACCAGAGCAUUGCCGACCAUUUUAUCGGCCUGGAGACAAAGAUAUGGUAUGGAUCAGAACCUACCAUCCAGAAAUCAAACCCCCUCCUCUCCAUCUCUAUCACAAUGUCCUCGCAACCUGGGUGCAUGCCUCAAAAGCUUCACCGUGAUGACAAGAACCACCACCAUAGACAUCAACAGGCGAGUCAAUACUCCAAGGGACGUGACAUGCUCAUUGGGUUGUUCGUCCCCGCAUGCGACACUUUCAAGGCCAACGGCGCAACACGCAUCAUCCCGGGUUCUCAUCUGUGGGGUGACGAUAAGCCUGACUUCGGAGAUGAUGGGAACAAAGGCGUUAUCGACGCCGAGUUGAAGAAGGGAGAGGCGUUUGUCAUGUUGGGCAGCCUCUACCACGGCGCUGGCGAGUAUACGCUCCAGAAUGGCUGCCGCACGGUGCAUAUCAUGUUUAUGUGCAGUGGUGUGCACCGCCAAGAGGAAAUCCCAUACCUGAGCUAUCCAAUUGAAGACGUCAAGACGUAUUCCCAGCUUGUGCGAGAUCGACUAGGAUGGAAACAAUCUGAGCCAAAUCUUGGAUGGGUUGACCUCAGGUCCCCGGAGUUUUUACUGGAGUAA